GCCUGAGCCCCGCCCUUUGACUCACCUAGCUAGAUGUAUUUUUUGUGUUACUGGUUUGUUUAUGACGCGGCUCAAUGGCCCCGUUAGCCUGACAGCUGACCGAGAGUAUGCUUGUUGUAAAAACGCACUCUUCGAUGUCUGAUUUCCUGGAGGAUGCUGUGCUGUGAGCCACAGACUUACAAGAGGGCAGAAAGCUAGUUAGCGGUAGGCGUCGGUGAGUCGGAACGGCCAGAUUACAGCUGUUAGCCUAGCAUUCGGCUCAUCUGUAACAGUUAACGUUAUGGAGUGACGUCGGACAGGAAAGUGGCGGACGAAGGCUGCACCGAGUCGCUUCAUUUUUAACAUCGAUAUAUAAAAAAGGAAGUGUAUAGAGAAACAAGUGCAUGCGUGUGUGACACGUACAUCUCGCAGGUUAGGCUUUUAGACAGCUGCCUGGCGACUGAAAUCGACUAGCUUGUGAGCUAAAUUCAUGUUAGCAUGGCGUCAGACACAAGUGACACCGAGGAAUUCUAUGAUGCUCCCGAGGACGUUAACUUGACUCCUUCUCCCAAAGUGUCACCUACAAAGUUCACCAUUCCUUCGCCUCGGUUUUCACGGAGAUCAGUAAACGCUGCACAAGAUGCGGGCUGCGGAGUGGCCGCAUCCCAGACUCAGCAAGAUGACUCCCUACUGAUCAUUGACAGCAUCAUUGAGGAGAGUCAGAAGGGAAAUGUUGGUGAGGUGGCUGAACUGUUAGAUCAGCUACAAGUGGAUACAAGAGCCGCACCGGAGCCAAAGGAAGAGAGCAACGCUCGGGAAGUGGAGGUAGCGGCGCCAGCUGUCGAACCUCAACUUGUCGAGAGGCCAGAGGAACAACAGGAAAGUGAAGCAACAAACAACGAAGCAUGCUCUUCACCUGGCCCUGAUCCCACAGAUCUCCCAAGGCCAUCGGUUGGGUCACAAGAAGGUGUUCAGCCCCCGGACAUCACCAGCACCAUAGGACUCAGACAGCUGGACAGGGCUGUUGUAUUUGCAGUGGGGGAGCAGGAGCAGAGACCUGCAGAUAUCUUAGACCAGGUCCCGUUCACAGACAGGGCGGCUGACUCGGACUCCUCCGGGCCUACGAAACCCCCACGACAAUUAACCGUGGAACCAGACAUUGUAGCAAGCACCAAGAAGCCUCCUCCCUCACGCCCACCCCCUCCCAGCGGAGGUCCUCCACCAAGACCGCCUCCACCGUCUUGGCAGAGUCUGCCUUCCAAGAAGUCUCAGGAGUGUCUGAGGCCAAGUGGACUGGAAGUGUCCGCAGUCGGCGACGAUGCUCUGGAGCCCUCAGGCCUGGUGUCUCCGAGCAGCACAGUGAGGAGUCUAACCAAAGAGCUGCAGCAUUCCUUGGAUCUGGCCAGUGCUACCAGUGGGGAGAAAGUAGUGAAAGCGCAGGAAAAUGAGGACGAACCGGCCUCAUCGGAGGGUGGAGGACAAACUCCGGGCCCUCAGCGUCCACGUUCCAACUCCGGUAGAGAACUGACAGAUGAAGAAAUUCUGGCCAGUGUGAUGAUCAAGAAUUUGGACACUGGGGAAGAGAUCCCUUUAAUCCAGGCAGAAGAGAAACUUCCUGCAGGGAUUAAUCCGCUCACUCUGCACAUCAUGAGGAGGACCAAGGAGUACAUUAUGAAUGAUGCAGCGCAGUCGGAUGACGAUGACAAGGCUCAGGCUCCACUGGCGGACACAGAUGGAGGAAAACUAAAACAGAAAACAACACAGUUUAAAAAGUUUCUGGGCAAGUCCGUUAAGAAGGCCAAGCAUCUCGCUGAAGAAUAUGGAGAGAAGGCCGUCAACAAAGUGAAAAGUGUGCGUGAUGAAGUGUUCCAUACAGAUCAGGAUGAUCCGUCAUCGAGUGACGAUGAGGGCAUGCCGUACACCCGGGCUGCCAAGUUCAAGGCAGCUCACAGCUUCAAGGGUCCCUUUGACUUUGAUCAGAUUAAAGUUGUGCAGGACCUGAGUGGAGAGCACAUGGGGGCCGUUUGGACGAUGAAGUUCUCCCACUGCGGGAGGCUGCUGGCGACCGCUGGCCAAGAUAAUGUGGUUCGCAUCUGGGUCUUGAAGACCGCCUUUGACUACUUCAAUAACAUGAGAUUAAAGUACAACACUGAAGGUCGGGUUUCACCGUCUCCUUCUCAGGAAAGUUUAUGCUCCUCUAAAUCCGACGACCACGGAGCAAGUUGUGCUCCUGAAGACCCAGACACAGAAGAUAGGAAUGCCCCUUUCCGUCAAGUCCCCUUCUGCAAGUAUAAAGGUCAUACGGCGGAUCUAUUGGACUUGUCCUGGUCAAAGAACUUCUUCCUCCUCUCCUCGUCCAUGGAUAAAACCGUUAGGUUGUGGCACAUAUCCAGGAGGGAGUGUCUCUGCUGCUUUCAGCACAUUGAUUUUGUCACAGCCAUUGCUUUCCAUCCCAGAGACGACCGAUACUUUUUAAGUGGCUCUCUGGAUGGAAAGCUACGGCUCUGGAACAUUCCUGACAAAAAGGUGGCGUUGUGGAAUGAGGUGGACGGCCAGACGCGCCUCAUCACGGCGGCCAAUUUCUGCCAAAAUGGGAAGUAUGCCGUCAUUGGCACCUACGAUGGCCGAUGCAUCUUCUACGACACAGAGCGUCUGAAAUACCACACUCAAAUUCAUGUGAGGUCCACCAGAGGCAGGAACAAAGUUGGCCGAAAAAUCACCGGCAUUGAACCUCUGCCUGGAGAGAACAAGAUUUUGGUGACCUCAAAUGAUUCCCGCAUUCGCCUUUAUGACCUGAGGGACUUGUCUUUAUCCAUGAAGUACAAGGGUUACGUCAACAGCAGCAGCCAGAUCAAGGCGAGCUUCAGCCACGACUACUCCUUCAUAGUCAGCGGCUCAGAGGAUAAGUACGUGUACAUCUGGAGCACGUACCACGACCUGAGCAAAUUCACUUCUGUACGACGGGACCGCAAUGACUUCUGGGAAGGAAUUAAAGCACACAAUGCAGUCGUCACCUCAGCAAUAUUUGCACCGCACCCAGGCCUUAUUGUUCCACCAGAAGCUGGAGCGGACAAACCAGAAGCAGAGUGCAAGAGCCUGGACUCCACAGACUCUGAAACGAUACCCUCAGGAGCCCUGAAGACAGAUCACACAGAGGUUCUACUCUCUGCUGACUUCACUGGAGCCAUCAAGGUUUUCAUCAAUGUCAAAAAGUACUGAGCACUUCUGAGGUUGUCAGCUCCCCCGCACUCAGUCCUAAAGAUGAAGGACAGCCCUUCACCCAACUACCUAAUGGUUAUUGCUCUGAGACAAAGAGCCUUCUGUAGCUUCUCCGGGAGAACGGAGACCCUAAAAUGGAAGAUGAGGUAAUGGUUGGAGGAAAUUGACUGUACGUUACAGACAAGGUGUGAUUCCCUGUCACGUUUCAAUUUUUUAUCUUUAAUACCAAGCAACUGUGAAUGGUUUGGCAUUAAGAAAAAGAGCCAGAAAUGCCAAGUGUGUGUGUGUGUGGUCUGUUCAGGUAUGUGUUAAUUUACAGCUGUGUGGUCAAGAUGGAGUAUAGCUACAAGGCUAUUUGUAGUAGAAUGAGCAGCUUACUAAUUUCUUGUUGCUUUCACAUUUCAAUAAGUUAAGUGCAAGACACUGUCCUAAUGUCAGUCUCAAAGUUGAAUGUGUCUUAUGUAAAGAGAUGGAACCAUUUUCUUGAAAGCAAGGUGGUUUGAAAUGUGUGCCUAUGAAAUCUAGAUUGCUUUUCUAAAUUCAACUCAAGCCUUCCUCUAAAAUAUAUCAAACAUUUUAACAGAUGACCGCAAAUCUACGGUACAGGACAUCAGAAUGCGGUUAAUUAGGGCUGGGUAUCACACAAUUUUCCAGAAACAAUAAUGGCUCUCAAGUACUUUUGAUAAAUAGUUUUGUUCAAUGAAAGCACAUUUCAUUCUAAAAUAGUACUGUAAAUUCAGUGUGUAACAUUGCAUACUUGGCACUUUUGUAAACCGAACCAAAUGCUCCAUUAAUUUCUUCAAUAAAAGUCCAAACAAAUG